CAUCCAGGGACCCAAACCUCUCCUCCCUUCUUCUCUCAUCUCCAACUCUUCCAUUCCGUCUGUCCAUCUGUCCCUCUUGAGCCGUCACCAUGCGUCUGGGAAUUUCGGGCUUCAUUACGGAUAUCCUCAGCACCUCCAGCAACAUCUGCUUCUGCUGGGCGGAGGGAAAGGGACCAGUACGCCUCAGAGUUGUUCCUCUCCAGCUACUCCAGGGAGAACAAUUACUGGACCAGCGAACCACAAUAUAUGUACCUCGCAGAGUUACGGCGCGCAUCUGUACGCAGUUUAACACCGUCGUGGCAGAGCUCAGGAAUGGAGGAGACGGUUUGGGAGCAGUACACUGUGACUCUACAGCGGGACUCUAAGAUGGGCUUUGGAAUUGCUGUGUCUGGGGGCCGGGACAAUCCAAACGUGGAGACCGGAGAGACGUCCAUCAUUGUGUCAGACGUGCUGCCAGGAGGACCGGCUGAUGGACUGCUCUUUGAGAAUGACCGUGUGAUGCAGGUCAACACCAUCGCCAUGGAUAAUGUGCCUCAUUCAUUUGCUGUGCAGUCACUUCGGAAAUGUGGGAAAGUGGCCAAAAUAACUGUAAAGAGGCCUCGCAAGGUGGCUGUCCUCAAGCGCCCACCGUCCCCGAGCGGGGAUAGUCGCGAUUACAACAUAUCCAGCUAUUAUCCCGAGGACAACCGCAGUGUUCAAAGUGACCCAGACUCUGAUUACCCUCGGGGAAACGGCGGCCUGGGCUACCCCCGUGAUAGAGAGCGUGACCGCAGCCUCGAAAAGAGCCGGAUAGACUACCUGGAGCCGGAUUACCGCAGCCAGGACUACGACUCCCGACGGGAAUGGAGCAGAGGCAGGAGCGCGGAGAGGUCGCCCAGCUCUGACAGCGGCUACCGCAGGGACGGCAGCCGGGGCCGGACACUGGAGCGCGGAUCCAGCCCGGAGCCUCGCUAUCACGGGCAGCACAGCAGAGGCCGCGGUGGAGGAGGAAGCCCUGCUGGAAGCUACGGGAGGGACCAGGGCUACGACACGCGGAGGUAUGACACUCGUUCGGAGGACAGGAUGAUCAGGAGUCACAGCAAGGACCGGCUGCAGGAUCACUCACCGUCACCCAGCAGAGAGAAAGACAGAGGAAGAGACCGGUACAACUAUGAGCCCCUGGAGCCUCCCAUCAAUGUCAUGCUGGUCAAAAACAGGCCCAAUGAAGAGUACGGCCUCCGGCUGGGCAGCCAGAUCUUCAUCAAAGAGAUGACCAGCACUGGAUUGGCUGCCAGAGAUGGAAAUCUCCAGGAGGGCGACAUCAUUCUCAAGAUCAACGGGACGGUGACUGAGAACCUCUCUCUGAAUGACGCCGGCAAGCUGAUUGAGAAAUCACGGGGCAAGCUGCAACUGGUGGUCCAGAGAGACCACCGACAGAUCCUGGUGCGCAUUCCUGCCCUGGCAGACAGCGACUCGGAGCCUGACGAUAUUUCUGAGAUGGAGUCAUACCAUUCCUACUCACCUCAAGAUGACCAAAGGUCACGCCAGUCUGACCUCUCCUCACACUCUUCCAAUGAUGUAGCACGAGAAAACGCCAGGGAGGAUCCUCAAAGUAGAUUGGCAAAGACAGCUGUUUCAUCCUCUCCUUACAAAACUCCAGAGGAGCCACUUCCUGCCCAGGAGGAGAGAGUAGAACCACAGGAAGAAGAACCACCACCAGCAAUAAAGACAACACCCAAGAUCCUGCUCAGACCGAGCCCAGAGGACGAGGCCAUUUACGGGCCCAACACAGUGAUGGUGAGCUUUCAGAAAGAAGAGAGUGUUGGCUUGAGGUUGGCUGGAGGAAAUGAUGUGGGAAUAUUCAUAGCAGGAGUUCAGGAGGGCAGUCCGGCUGAAGAAGAAGGUCUCCGUGUGGGGGAUCAGAUUAUGAAGGUGAAUAAUGUUGACUUUCGGGGCAUUGUGCGAGAGGAGGCCGUGCUGUUCCUGCUGGAGAUCCCGCGGGGUGAGGUCGUGACCAUUUUGGCACAGAAUAAAACUGAGGUUUAUGAAGACAUCUUGGUGUCCGGUCGAGGGGACUCAUUUUUCAUCCGUACUCAUUUUGAGUAUGAGAAGGAGCUGCCUCACUGUCUCGCCUUCUCCCGGGGAGAGAUCUUCAAGGUGGUGGACACCUUAUAUGACGGCAAGCUGGGAAACUGGCUGGCCAUCCGCUUGGGCAAAGACAGCCAGCUGCUGGAGAAGGGCAUCAUUCCCAACAAGAGCAGAGCCGAGCAGAUGGCAAACGUCCAGAACACACAUAAGGGCUCAGGAAGUGACAGGGCCGACUUCUGGAGGCUACGUGGUCAGAGGGCGGCCAAGAAGAAAGAUGUGCGGAAGAGCCGAGAGGAAAGUUCUGCGGCCGUCUCCACCCGCUUCCCUGCCUAUGAGAGGGUGGUGCUGAGAGAAGCGGGAUUCCGAAGGCCGGUUGUGCUGUUUGGACCAAUCGCUGAUGCUGCCAGUGAAAAACUGGCCGCGGAGCUUCCAGACGAGUUUGUAAUUGCCAAAACAGAACCCAAAGAUGCGGGGUCGGAGAAAUCCUCCGGGGUGGUUCGUCUCAACACUAUUCGACAGAUCAUUGAACAGGACAAGCACGCUCUCCUGGACGUCACCCCUAAAGCGGUGGACACCUUAAACUACACGCAGUGGUACCCUAUAGUCAUCAUCUUCAGCCCGGACAGCAAACAUGGGGUGAAGGCGAUGAGACAGAGGAUCAUCCCCAGCUCUAACCGCAGUGCCCGCAAACUCUACGACCAGGCUCUGAAGCUCAGGAAAACCUGCUCACACCUGUUUACCGCUGUUAUCGAUCUGAACUCGGCUAAUGAUGCCUGGUACGGCAGUUUGAAGGAGACCAUACGAGACCAGCAGACCCAGGCUGUGUGGGUCUCAGAAGGGAAGCUGGAUGGGACGGAGGGGGACCUUGACGUUCACGACGACCGCAUGUCGUAUCUCUCGGCCAUGAGCGCUGACUAUCUCAGCAUGGACAGCCGACUGACCAGUGACUACGACGACACGGCAGACGAGGGCGGGACUUGCACAGAUAACGAAACAGACGAGCCGCUCGAUCGCCAGCGGGUGUCGGCCAUUAGCCGCUCCUCUGAGCCAGUCAUGCCAGAGGAGAUCCUCAGGAAGUCCAGCCCAGAGAUUCGCGGUCGCAUCCGGCGGGUGGGCAGCAGAGAGAUGCUGACAGAGGCUAGUCCCCCCUUAAUGUCCACCUUCCUGCCUGACCCCGCAAAGGUAAAAAUGCUGGCUCAAGUGGAGGCAUCACGGGGGCAGUACGACCCCUCUCGAAACUACGACUCUCGUUCAAGCAGUCCCGCGAGCAGCGAGCACCCACGCAGUCAGGACUCUCCUGCAAAAACCAAACCCCUGCCUCCCCCCACAGCUCUCAAACCUACCUACGUGUCCCGCAGCUCCAGAGGCCUCGUAAACAGCCCCCCGGUACGGGACAGCAAACCACUGGAGGACAGCCGUGACGAUCCCUCUCAGAGGUCUUUCCUGGGCAAAGUGAAGGCCUUUGAGCAGAUGGAUCACUUGGCCCGGACACAGAGAGUCAUGGAGAUCCAAGAGGCCCAGAACGCCAGGUUGGAGAUUGCACAGAAACAUCCAGACAUCUAUGCCGUCCCCAUGAAAUCUCAGAAACUGGAUCACAGCAGGCCACAACCUAUCGGCUCCAGUGCACGACCAGAGCCCCAGACGCCUCCUUGCAAGCUGCCAUACUCAGAGAGCCGCCCGCUCGGCCUCGGCGAGGAGCCUGGAGAGGAGUUUCGGCAUCAGCUGGGAGAGCAGACCAAGCGCGGCUAUUACACCACCACACAAAAGUAUCAGGACACUGAGCUGUAGAGUUCUUCUGCUUCGGCUCACCGCACAGCUUCACCAUUCCACCGGGGCGCCGCCCUGCACCAAAACUGCUGCUGACUUGGAAGUCCCGUUUGCUUUUAAGUUUCCCACGCAUAUAUUUGUCUUUUUCACUUCAGAGAAGUUCAACUUUCUGUCCAUGAGGAUAGAAUCUUAUGGUUUAUAUAUAUAUAUAUAUAUAUAUAUAUAUAUAUAUAUAUAUAUAUAUAUAUAUAUAUAUAUGUAUAUUUAUAUAUUUGCAUUAGUUUUGUUUCGCUCCUUGUGAUCCGAGAAUCAUGUUUUCUUGCCUAUGCAAUUUUUUAAGUUUCUGCAACGCAACAGAAACGUCUCGCCACGAGUCUCUCUCUCUUCGCUCCAUGAAAACCUUAAACCUGUCGUGUGCUACAGACCAGCUUUUUGUUACUUUCUUUUUAUAAGCCUGAUGAAGCAAAACUGUUUUAAAACGUCACACUCUUCAAGGUUUAUACUAUCUUUGCAUUCCUUCAUUUCUGAUCAUGUGUGUAUAUGAUGUAAAACAAUACACUGGAUUUUGUUACAACGUUUUGAAGUGCCUUUUACUUUACGAAUAACGUUGGAGGUUUGUGGACUUGACAAUCCAGCCCUCUGGACAAUAUUUUUGCUGCUUACAGCUCCAAGGAAAAACAGGGAAAAGUCAACACCAAAACCCUUAAUACCGUCCGCCCGUAUCCUCAGUGUAGCGACAGCAACGACUGACGAGUUUCCAAACGGACGCUUCACCAAUCAGGUCGAUGCUGAUUGGUUUGAGCGAUUGAAAUUGCUGUGGUCACGGUUUGUCUUAUUUCAACCCCACCGCAUUAUGUUUUUAACACGCUUGAUUGUACGUUGGUCCGCUUUACCUCCACAUAUUGGUUCAAAGUGCUAAACUCGUGGAUUAUAUUUUGAUGGCUUCCACUGUGUGUGAGGGUCACACGCCCAGAGAAUAUUCCCUGGACAUUUACGUUCAGGUCUACUGUGGAAUUUCACUCUACUACACCAAAUAAAAUAAACUAUAUUGACAUUA